AUGCCGGUGUCCGCAGCCAUCCUCUGCCUCGUCGCCUCACUGCUGCCCGCCGCCUCCGGCUCCCUCUGGGCCUGGAUGUACUCCUUGCCCCAGCACCCGCCCGACGCCGCCGCGCUGGGCAGGAGAGCCGGCCCUGGGGACAGCCUGGAGGAGGUGACGGCGUGCAGCCCGGCCACCCCCUGCGCCCACGGGCACUUCUGCGACGAGCACUUCGGGCUGUGCCUGCCCACGCGCCCCGUGGGGCAGUACUGCCGCCGGGACCCCCACUGCGCCCACGGUCUCCUCUGCAUGUUCGGGAAGUGCCAGCAGCCCGUGCCCGCCGGGCAGGAGGGAGCCCGGUGCCAGCGGGACGAGGACUGCGGCGCCGACGGCUGCUGCGCGCGGCAGCACGGCGAGCGGGUGUGCCAGCGGCGGCUGGCGCUGGCCCAGAGCUGCCAUGUGCCACCCGGGGGUCUGGCCUUCAGCAUCAACCAGGUCUGCCCCUGCCAGGCCGGGCUGGUCUGCCGGGCCACCGCGCCCGGGCGAGAGAAGGCGUUCGAGUACUGGCCGGAGAAGAGCGAGUGGAGGUGUCGGCAGCCCUGA